UGUGACUCCUGGGAUGCUGUCCUUUUGAGAAGUCCAUUAAUACAGAACCUGUUAAAUAACUAUUCUCUUUACUGCAUGCAUUCAAAUGUCCAUAUGCUUACCUUUUACUUUUGUCUAUAUAACAUUCAUCUCAUGGAGGAUCUUUUACAUUGCACUUUUCAUUUCUAAAGAUGGAGCAAGAAAUGGAGAAGGGAAAGGAAAGUGAAGAAAAAUGGGUGCAUGAUGCAUCUGUCGACUAUAAAGGCAGAGUUCCUCUCCGUGCCUCCACUGGUGUAUGGAAAGCCUCCUUCUUUGUCCUCGCAAUUGAAUUUAGUGAAAGAUUGAGCUACUUUGGAAUAGCCAAUAAUCUCAUCUCGUACCUUACAAAAGUGAUGCAUGAAGACCUCAAAACAGCAGCCAAGAAUGUAAACUACUGGUCAGGAACAACAACCCUGAUGCCUCUGGUUGGGGGAUUUAUUGCUGAUGCUUACACUGGUCGAUUUUAUAUGGUUCUGUUCUCCGCUUUUGUGUACCUCAUGGGAUUAAGCCUUUUGACGAUGUCUCAAUUCAUCCCAAGUAUAAAGGCUUGCAACAGUAGGAUAUGCCAACAACCAAGGAAGAUUCAUGAAGUGGUUUUCUUCCUUUCCCUUUACUGUAUCUCCGUGGGCACAGGAGGAUACAAACCAUGCUUGGAAAGCUUUGGAGCUGACCAAUUUGAUGAUGAUAACUUGGAAGAAAGGAAGAAGAAGAUGUCUUUCUUCAACUGGUGGUACUUUUCACUGUGCUUUGCAUUGCUACUCAGUGCAACAGUGGUUGUUUAUGUUCAAGACUUUGUCAGCUGGGGAGUAGCUUGCUUAGCCAUUACUAUUAUUAUGGUUAUCACCGUCAUAGCUUUCUGCGUGGGAAAACCAUUUUACAGGUACAGAAGGACAGAAGGAAACCCUUUAACACCAAUUUUACAAGUCUUAGUUGCUGCAGUAAGGAAAAGAAAUUUGUCUCUUCCUUCAAAUCCUGCUUUAUUGUAUGAGGUCCCAGAGUCAAAGAGGUCCCAGGGAAGGCUUCUAAAACACACCAGCAGGCUCAGGUUUCUUGACAAAGCUGCAAUAAUUGAAGAUAAACAUGCCGGGCGGAAGGAGAGUCCAUGGAGAUUAGUGACAGUGACAAGAGUAGAAGAAACAAAACUGGUUCUAAAUUUAGUUCCCAUAUGGCUAACAUCAUUAACAGUUGGAGUAUGUCUGGCUCAAGGCACAACAUUGUUUGUGAAACAAGCAGCUGCAACGAACCUAAAGAUAAGUGAGAAGUUCAAAAUCCCAGCAGCUUCCAUGGGCUCUGUUUCCGCGGUUGGUACCUUAAUUGCUGUCCCAAUAUAUGAUAGGAUUAUUGUUCCAAUUCUUCGGAAAGUGACCGGUAAUGAAAGAGGUAUGAGCAUCCUUAAGAGGAUCAGCAUCGGCAUGGCAUCAUCUGUGAUUGUGAUGGUUGUUGCUGCCUUAGUAGAAGCAAAGAGACUAAGAAUGGCUGGUAGCCACCAUACUAUGAGUGUGUUGUGGUUGAUACCCCAAUACUUGAUCCUUGGGCUUGGAGAUUCAUUUUCCCUGGUUGGUUUGCAAGAGUACUUCUAUGAGGAAGUUCCUGACUCCAUGAGAAGCUUAGGAAUGGCUCUGUUUCUCAGUGUGCUUGGAGUAGGAUUCUUCUUAAGCAGUUUUCUGAUAACAAUAGUGGACAAUGUGACGGGGAAGAAUGGUGAAAGUUGGAUAGGGAAGGACAUAAAUUCAAGUCGUCUAGAUAGGUUUUAUUGGACUUUGCAAGAAAUGGAGAAGGGAAAGGAAAGUGAAGAAAAAUGGGUGCAUGAUGCAUCUGUCGACUAUAAAGGCAGAGUUCCUCUCCGUGCUUCCACUGGUGUCUGGAAAGCCUCCUUCUUUGUCCUCGCAAUUGAAUUCAGUGAAAGAUUGAGUUACUUUGGAAUAGCCAACAAUCUCAUCUCGUACCUUACAAAAGUGAUGCAUGAAGACCUCAAAACAGCAGCCAAGAAUGUAAACUACUGGGCAGGAACCACAACCCUAAUGCCUCUGGUUGGGGGAUUUAUCGCUGAUGCUUACACCGGUCGAUUUGUUAUGGUUCUGUUCUCCGCUUUUGUAUACCUCAUGGGAUUAAGCCUGUUGACGAUGUCUCAAUUCAUCCCAAGUAUAAAGGCUUGCAACACUAAGAUAUGCCAACAACCAAGGAAGAUUCACGAAGUGGUUUUCUUCCUUUCCCUUUACUGUAUCUCCUUGGGCACAGGAGGAUACAAACCAUGCUUAGAAAGCUUUGGAGCUGAUCAAUUUGAUGAUGAUCACUUGGAAGAAAGGAAGAAAAAGAUGUCUUUCUUCAACUGGUGGAACUUUGCACUGUGCUUUGCGUUGCUGCUUGGUGCAACAGUGGUUGUUUAUGUUCAAGACUUUGUCAGCUGGGGAGUAGCUUGCCUAGCCAUUACUAUUAUUAUGGCUAUCACUAUCAUAGCUUUUUGUGUGGGAAAAUCAUUUUACAGGUACAGAAGGACAGAAGGAAACCCUUUUACACCAAUUUUGCAAGUCUUAAUUGCUGCAGUGAGGAAGAGAAAUUUAUCUUGCCCUUCAAAUCCUGCUUUAUUGUAUGAGGUCCCAGAGUCAGAGAGGUCCCACGGAAGGCUUCUAAAACACACCAGCAGGCUCAGGUUUCUUGACAAAGCUGCAAUAAUUGAAGAUAAACAUGCCGGGCGGAAGGAGAGUCCAUGGAGAUUAGUGACAGUGACAAGAGUCGAAGAAACAAAACUUGUUCUAAAUUUAGUUCCCAUAUGGCUAACAUCAUUAACAGUUGGAAUAUGCGUGGCUCAAGGCACAACAUUGUUUGUGAAACAAGCAGCUGCUACGAACCUAAAGAUAACUGAGAAGUUCAAAAUCCCAGCAGCUUCCAUGGGCUCUUUUUCAGCAAUUGCUAUCUUAAUUGCUGUCCCAAUAUAUGAUAGGAUUGUUGUUCGAAUUCUUCGGAAAGUGACUGGUAAUGAAAGAGGCAUCAACAUCCUUAAGAGGAUCAGCAUCGGCAUGACAUUAUGUGUGGUGCUGAUGGUUGUUGCUGCCUUAGUCGAAGCAAAGAGACUAAGAAUGGCUGCUAGCCACCAAACUAUGAGCGUGUUGUGGUUGAUACCCCAAUACUUAAUCCUUGGGCUUGGAGAUUCAUUUUCCAUAGUUGGUUUGCAAGAGUACUUCUAUGAGGAAGUUCCUGAUUCCAUGAGAAGCUUAGGAAUGGCUUUGUAUCUGAGUGUGCUUGGAGUUGGAUUCUUCUUAAGCAGUUUUCUAAUAAUCGUGGUGGAUCAUGUGACGGGGAAGAAUGGUGAAAGUUGGAUAGGGAAGGACAUAAAUUCAAGUCGUCUAGAUAAGUUUUAUUGGAUGUUGGGUGUCAUAAACGCUUUGGUUUUGUGUUUGUUCAUGUUGGUCACAAAAAGGUACACUUACAAGACAAUAGAGAGGAGAGGCAUGGACAAAGACUGUCAUAAGAUUGAUGAGGUGGAGAUGGUGGGUUGAUGAGAGUGCUAAGGUUCAACUCUCGCUACCAUCUUCAGCUGAACCAAAUCUUUAAUGUAUUUGUUUCCGAUCAUAUUUUCUGGGAUUUGAAUUUGUUAAGUUAUUGUAUCAGAUUACCCAAGGUAUUAGAUGAUAUAUUCUCAAAUUUCUUAACUGUGUAAAGAAUUGGGCUAUUGGAGUUAAC